UGGCACUCCAUGUUGUAACCGGACAAGGUGGAAUAUCCGACUGGGUGGGCUCACCAGAAGGCUUGCCACAGACGGUCCGCCUGUGCAUGAAGACAGCAAUCCACCAUUUGAACGGUUCCUUUGACGUGACCUCGCUGAUUUCUGUUACCUAUAAUGACAGUCUUUACUGACAAACAUGACUGGGGGCUCCAAAAUGGUAUCCUUAGCUGUAUCCAGUGGUCUCCAGUCUCUGUUCCCAGACGAUUCAAGAGGUGAACAUCUCCCUCUGCGGACCACUGAAUUCUGGUACCCAGAAGUCCCACCUUCCUCUCACUACCUCUACGACGAUACUUUCGCCGGACGAAACGUAUCUCUUUAUGACUACCGUCCGCUUGUACGUGUUAUGUUUGGUUGGCGGGGAACGGGGAGCCCUCCACAAAUACCUAAGCCGCAUAUCAGUUACAGUGUCCAACGCCGCAGUCGUGGGAAUAGACUUUUUCUACACAGAUGAUUCUCCUAUCAAACGCCUCCAAGCCUGUCCCUCAACAGCUGGCGGAGACGACUCCGUCAAGAUCCCCUUCCUAAUCGACGGACUAGGAGGCGAGCGGAUAACAAGUUUCCAAUCAGACGGUGAUUUCUUCUGUGCCUCCG